CCAAUCAUAAGGCUUCAUAUUCGCAGGGAGCUGGCAGACCUGUGACAUUCAACGUUUUCAUGUCGGUGUCAACUGUAUAGAUAUCUAAAGAUGAACAUCAUACGGUCGUCUUUUUCCCGACUCCGUGGACUAAGCCUUUCCACCAGCAUCCCUGCAGGGAACCUUGCAGUAACUGGCAACUCUCACCUUAGAUUGUUCAGCAGCUGGUUUGUGCCCAGAGCAGCUGCAGGACCUCAGAUUUCCAGAUGUGGGCCACUUUCUUCACAAGCUGAGGGCUCAGGAGUGUUCCAGCAGCUUCCGUGGCAAUACCAGCAAGUGCGGACAAGGAAGAGAGGAACAGAGUAUCAGCCCAAGAACAUCAAACGCAAGAGGACCCACGGCUGGAUCAAGAGGAUGAGCUCACAAGGUGGCAUUGAGGUGAUUCUGCGGCGCAUGUUAAAGGGACGGAAAUCACUCACACACUGAAGGACCUUGUUGGAGAACCUGCAAGACUUUCAAAAACAGACAUUGGUUAAGAAAUGCUGCAAUAGCUCAGGAUGCCCAGCAAAUGAUGUGUAUUUGGGAAACUUGUGAUACUGGGUGUGGGUUGGGUUUGGCUUGUCUACAUAAAUAAUGGGCAGGAGGGUGAAACCUGGCCUUUGACAAACAAUUAGCAUUUGCCAUGGGUAAAAAAGAAGCCUUGUAGUUUCACCCAGUUAUAUUUUAUCCAUAAAGUUUUGUUCAUAUCAUUGUCAAAUGUUAUCAGAUAUAUGGAUAUUGUUUUUGCUUGUGUGAAGUUAUUUGAUUCAAAGACAAAAUGUGUCUUUAAAGAGCCGUGUCAUCUAAGUUGUUCUCAGCCAAAACAUUAAAUAAAUAAUAUAAACCACCCCUGCA